AUGUCGGCUGGGCCUGAGGCGGUCAGACCGACUCUUUCAAUGGCAGCGGCCAUCCUGCAGACAAAGGAAGACUUUUUCAUGGCAGUGCAGCAUGGAGAUCUUGACGUUGCCAAGGAAGCCGUUGAGGUGGCCCAAAUUCGCUUGACGAUGAAUGGAUGGACCUUGCUUUUCGCUGCCGCGGCGCGAAAUGCAAACCUCGGGGGAGCAGAGGUUCUUUGCCGCCGAUUGAUUGCCAGGCAUGUGAACGUGCGAGGCAGUGAUAAGAAGGGGAGGACUCCGCUUUUCUACGCGGCAGAAUCAGGCCACGCCUCGCUUUGCGCGUUCUUGGUGACCCGAGUCGGCAUGUCGGUGGACGAUGAGGAUGACUCUGGCCUGACUCCACUGGCUUGCGCCCUGAAAGCUGGAGAGAUCGAUGCAUCCGUCACUUUGCUGAGGCAGGGAGCCUCAUUGGGUUAUGUGAACUCGAAAGGUAUAGCAGUCUACCAGUUUGCCUCUGAGCACGUCCUUGGCCUCCUUCAAGGGAGAAAGGGGCAGUGGGCAAGACCCUUCGACAGUGGCACCCGGAAGCGAAGUCUUCGAGACUCCCUGGCAUGCGACCUUGAGACCCUCGGGGAGUGGGCUGCAAAGCGUCCGAAAUGCUCUGCGGCGGGGGAGCCCAUUGUGAGACACCUGGAAGGCAGAGUCAUCGUCGAGAACGAGACCCACGCCGUUUUCGUACCUCUCAAAGAUCCAGAGUUGCGAAAGGUGCGGCUUCUCGAGAAAGGGUUGGUCCUUGACCAGGCCAAACUCUUUCAAAGCGAGCUUUUUGUACAUGCCAUGCCUCCGGAGCAUUGGGCAGAUACACUGGGCACUCAUUCGACUGAAUCUGUUGCCACCAACAGAAUACGCCGGGUCGUGCAGUCAACAUCUCAAGACAGUGAGACGAUCGUGGCUGCAGUUUGCCGAGCUUCUGGGCACAUCGUCGGCUUCUCUCGUGCUUCCAAAAGGCCCUUUGCGGAGCUGUACAUUGAGACACUGAAAGUACAGGCCGGCCAUGAGCUCCAGGGCGUAGCGCGACUGAUGAUCCAGGCCGCGGAGCUUCAGGCCGCCAAGAAAGGCUUCGCAACCGCGAAAGUCGGGUCCCGCUGCCUGCGCCAGAAUGUGAAUGCCCAGCGCUUCUUCAAGCGGCUCGGGUUCACUGAGGAUGAGCUCGGAGGGUCCCUGGUGGCGGCCUUGACGCCUGAAGAGUUGCCCGCUGCGAUGGAUUAUCCAGGCAGGGACUUCCGGGCCUUGCUGGCCUUCGCGCUGCCGCGGCAAGCAGAAGAGCCUUGCCGCGCAAGGACGGUACCGGCGGUGAUCUUGAUGACGGCGAUGAUGCUAAUAGUUCCAGCGAAGUUGUCUCUUGCACUCACGAAGGCAGCGGCAAAGAGGAAAGCUGUAGGUACGAUCAGCAAAGAAACGAAGGAGGACCAGGGGGCGGAGGAGGCGAGGAGGAGAAUAGGGUCAUAA